CGCCCACAAGGAAUAUGGCGGGUUACCCACAUACAUGCACUACGUGUCGGUAGUUUUGUUUAAUGCAGACGCCUGGGCUGGGGGGUAUCCUCUCAGGCGCAGCCCAGCGCCCACCACAGCCAACACCCUAAAGCGCCUGGCUUCCGCUGGGGAACCUGGUCGCAGCGUGUCCCUUGGCGUGUGGCGCCGGGGCGGGCACGCGCACGUGAGGACGUCAGGGGAGCGAGCGCGCCGCCGCCACCGACGCUGCCGCCUCCGAGCUGUGCCGGGUUAGCCGUCAGUGGGGCUUGAAGGUGAUGGCCCUGACAGAGGUCCGUGAGUCUACGUCGCUCGCUCGUUCUGCAAUUGGGGCCGGCGACUGUGUCCCCUCAUCGUCAUGAGAGAAGACAGAGACCUGAAGCAAAGAAAUCUGGAUCACAGAAAAAAUAUUCAAGGGUCAUGCAAGCCAACUGUAGCCAAUUGCACAGUCAUCCAGGAGCUGCAGGCAGUGAGGAUGCCUCAGCCUCUCAAUGUGUCCACACAAGAUUGACCGAAGGUUCUUGUCUUCAUUCUGGAGAUGUGCAUAUCCAAAUAAAUUCCAUACCUAAAGAAUGUGCUGAAAAUCCAAGCUCCAGAAAUACAAGGUCAGGUGUCCAUAGCUGUACCCAUGGAUGUGUACAUAGUCGCUUACGGAACCACUCCCAUAAUGAAGCAAGGCAGCCUGAUACUUCCAUGGAAUCUGGAGAUCAUGGUAGUAACUCCUUCUCAGAAUUCCAGUAUCUUUUCAAGUGGCUGCAAAAAAGUCUUCCAUAUAUUUUGAUCCUAAGUGUCAAACUUGUAACGCAGCAUAUAACAGGAAUUUCUCUCGGAAUUGGACUGCUUACAACUUUUAUGUAUGCAAACAAAAGCAUUGUAAAUCAGGUUUUUCUAAGAGAAAGGUGCUCAAAGAUUCAAUGUGCUUGGUUACUGGUAUUCUUAGCAGGAUCUUCUGUUCUUUUAUAUUACACCUUUCAUUCUCAGUCACUUUAUCACAGCUUAAUUUUUUUAAAUCCUACUUUGGACCAUUCAAGCUUCUGGGAAGUACUUUGGAUUGUUGGAAUUACAGACUUCAUUCUGAAAUUCCUCUGCAUGGGCUUAAAAUGCCUUAUUUUAUUGGUGCCUUCUUUCAUCACGCCUUUUAAAUCCAAGGGUUACUGGUAUAUGCUUUUAGAAGAACUGUGUCAGUAUUACCGAACUUUUGUUCCCAUACCAGUUUGGUUUCGUUACCUCAUAAGCUAUGGGGAGUUUGGUAAUAGAACUAGAAGGAGUCUUGGGAUAUUGCUAGCUUUACUCUACCUCAUACUAAAACUUUUGGACUUUUUUGGACAUCUAAGAAGUUUCAGACGGGUUUUGCGAAUAUUUUUUACACGACCAAGUUACGGAGUGGCUGCCAGCAAGAGACAGUGUUCAGAUGUGGAUGAUAUUUGUUCAAUAUGUCAAGCUGAAUUUCAAAAGCCAAUUCUUCUCAUCUGUCAGCAUAUAUUUUGUGAAGAGUGCAUUACCUUAUGGUUUAACAGAGAGAAGACAUGUCCGCUGUGCAGAACUGUGAUUUCAGACCAUAUACACAAAUGGAAAGAUGGAGCUACUUCAUCACACCUUCAAAUAUAUUAAGUUGUAUAAACUUUUAAAGCCACAAAACACUGAAGUGUUGUAGUCCAGUUCAUCAAAAGAUUGAAAGAACUCCAUGUUUUAAAAAAUAUAUAUGUUCAACCUAAUGCAGAUGCAACAUUAUUCUAUACUAAUUAUUUGACAGAAUGCAGUGUUAAAUUGUUUUCUUGUUACCAAAAAAGCAAUUGGAUAACUAGAGCUAGUUCUUAGAGGAACUCAGGUAUUCUUUCCUAACACUGUUUUCAGAAUAAAGAAUAUUUUCCUCAAUAUUUUAAGAAACACAUUAUCUGAAAGUAGAAUUUUCUUUAGGGUUGACUUUAUAAUUCCUAUUCUAAAAGUUCUUAAAAUUUUCAUAAAAGUUGUAUUUUUAAAUGAAAGUUCUAAAUGCUAUAUUUUACAUGUAACAAUCAGAUUUUCUAAGUAAAGAUUGACUGAGGGUGAUAUAUUUUAAUACUGCAUUGUUCUCUGUAGUAUGAUUAGCAGUCGGUGAAAAUUGAUGAUUUAAUUUAUUGUUUGUGGACCUCUUAUAUACAAUCUUGCCAUCAGUUCGUGACCUUGCUUGUUGUGUAGUGCCACGGACUAUCUUGAAGUAAUUAUUAAAAUUAAUUCACAUGGA